CAGGCUUUCUGCUCUGAGAAUGUAGGACCAAACUUGGUGCUGUCUGACUGCCACGUGGCUCACUAUUUAUCUCUGUGAAACCCAGCAGAAUUAUUUAAAAAGAAAGAAGGGAUGGAAACUCCCUCUUUCUUCAAAUUAGCCUUACUGUCUAGGGCUUAAAAUACCGGUUUAAUGGUGAAGAGCGAGACUUGAGAGGCCACUGGUGCCAAUGGACACUGGGGAUGAUGGUCACUUCUCUGAGGAUCUUAUAAAAAAACCGUUGUGGUAAAAGAGAUUCGGGGCACAGGGAAACUACACCGCAAAGUGUGGUACCAUUUCCUAGAGAAGCUAAAUGGACGAGAAGCCUACCACCAGGAAAGGUCCAGAUUUCUGUUCCUUACGCUAUGGGUUGGCUCUCAUCAUGCACUUCUCAAAUUUCACCAUGAUAACCCAGCGUGUGAGUCUGAGCAUUGCGAUCAUUGCCAUGGUGAACAGCACUCAACAGCAUGGUCUAUCGAAUGCCUCCACUGAGGGGCCUCUUGCAAACAACCUCAGUAACCUCAGCAGAUCCAUCAAAGAAUUUAAAACAAGAGACUCUGUAUAUCAAUGGAGCCCAGAGAUUCAAGGUGUCAUCUUUAGCUCCAUCAACUACGGGAUAAUAUUGACUCUGAUCCCGAGUGGAUAUUUAGCGGGGAUAUUUGGAGCAAAACAUAUGCUUGGUACUGGCUUGCUGAUCUCUUCCCUUCUCACCCUCUUUACACCAUGGGCUGCUGACUUUGGAGUGAUUUUGGUCAUUGUGAUUCGUACAGUUCAGGGCAUGGCCCAGGGAAUGGCAUGGACAGGUCAGUUUACAAUUUGGGCAAAAUGGGCUCCGCCACUGGAACGAAGCAAGCUCACCACCAUUGCAGGAUCAGGAGUAGCAUUCGGAUCCUUCAUCAUACUCUGUGUAGGAGGAUUAAUCUCACAGGCCUUGGGCUGGCCUUUUAUCUUCUAUAUCUUUGGUAGCACUGGCUGUGUCUGUUGUCUCCUGUGGUUCACGGUGAUUUAUGAUGACCCCAUGCAUCACCCGUGCAUAAGUGUCAGGGAGAAGGAACACAUCGUGUCCUCACUGGCUCAACAGUCCAGUUCUCCUAGACGAUCUGUCCCUAUAAAGGCCAUGGUCAGAUGCCUUCCACUUUGGGCCAUUUUCACGGGUUUUUUCAGCCAUUUCUGGUUAUGCACCAUAAUCAUAACGUAUCUACCGACAUACAUCAGUACUGUGCUCCAUGUUAACAUCAGCAAUAGUGGGGUUCUGUCCUCCCUGCCUUUUAUUGCUGCCUCAAGCUGUACAAUUCUAGGAGGUCAGUUGGCAGAUUUCCUUCUGUCCAGGAAUCUUCUCAGAUUGAUCACUGUGCGAAAACUCUUUUCAUCCCUAGGGCUUCUCCUUCCAUCACUAUGUGCGGUGGCCCUGCCCUUUGUGGCUUCCAGUUACAUGGCAACCAUUAUUUUGCUGAUACUUAUUCCUGGGACCAGCAACCUAUGUGACUCAGGUUUUAUCAUCAACACCUUAGAUGUUGCCCCCAGAUAUGCAAGUUUCCUCAUGGGAAUUUCAAGGGGAUUUGGACUUCUCGCAGGAAUUGUCUCUUCUACUGCCACUGGAUUCCUUAUCAGUCAGGAUUCUGAGUCUGGUUGGAGGAAUGUCUUUUUCCUGUCUGCUGCUGUCAACGUGUUUGGCCUGGUCUUCUACCUCAUGUUUGGACAAGCAGAAAUCCAGGACUGGGCCAAAGAGAGGACUCUCACCCGCUUCUGAGGAUAUAGAGUUGUAAACGUAAAUGUAGUACUGAGUGUUAACUUUUCAACAUUUUAUACUUACACCCUCCUUUUUUUAUAUAUUCUUGAACAUGGACUCAGCAGUUUUUAACUCUGGCUAUGUUUUAGACUUCCCUAGAAAGCCUCUAAAACAUACUGAUGCCUAGGACCCACUCUAGAGAUCCUGAAUGAAUUGGUCUGGGGUAGAGCCCAGAAACCACUAAUUUUUAGAUACUCCCCCAGGGGCUUCUAACAUGCAGCCAGGGUUGACAACUGCUGGACAAACUUGAAAAGUCAGUUCUUGUUGCCCUUAAAUUUCCCUUUUUGGAAAUUUAAUUCAAGGUGAAUAAAAAUCUAUGUGAAAAUAAUCACCGAUAAAUAUCUUCUUGGGGGUCAUUAUUGGCUACAGAGAAGAUCUACUGGGAAUGGUAGUCAUAUGUUAUAGGGUUCAGCACAGAACAGAAUUUUGAAGCUGUAAUCUACAGAAUUAACAUUUUCAAUUUUUUUAUACAUUGUAAAACAUGGAUGUUUAUUUAUAUGGUUAAAUUCUAUUAAAAUUACAUGCUAAAAUUAAAUAGACCGCUUUCCAAUUAUUUAGAUUAGGAUGAUUUCCAUCAGAUGAAACAGAUAUUUUCUUAUUCUAGCCAUUGCAGGAGAUUAACAACUGGAAAAUGAAUGAGGUUAUCUAGAAAUCGGACAAAGUAAAGAUAGAAUUGGAAAGCUUCUACUGUGAGAAGAAUGGAUGUGAGAGGAAGCAAUGUGGAUACUUCCAGAAGGAACAGAGAGAUAGUUUAGAGUGAGAUAUAAUGAAAAUUGGAAGGAGAUGACAGAGGCACUUUCAAGUGAAAUGACAAUUAAUGUGGGGGUGAAAAAUACUGCAGGUAUAACAAGAUGAAACAGGGCAUAGCAAAGCAUCACAAAUGAGAGAUGUGAUGCUUUCUACCUUUUGAGGGUAGAAAAAGAUCAUUUGACCUUCUUCAUAUUUUCCUUAUUUUCCCAAGAUACUCAAAUAGGGAUCAUUAAUCCUAGCAGAAAUUAAUUCUGGCUUCUACCACUUAAAACACAUUCUUUAUGUUGUCUCCAUAGAGCUAAUUCUAGUUUUGCCACUUUUCUAUAGAAGAAGUUUUUGCCAUAUUUAAAAUCCCAAUAGAACUGCAAGGUCAAGAGCCUCGGGCUAAUUUAGCAAGUGAAGAGAAUCUCCUAAUGCAAAUCAACAGUUAUAUUUGAGCAGAUGUUUUCAGGGACACAUAGUGUCAGGCCCCUGAGAGUGACACUAAGAUGAGAACACUGGUCCUGCCUUGUGGGUAUUGAUGAUACAGAGAGGAAGGGGAAUUUGUAGAAAACUAAAAGAAGGGGGAAAAAAGAGAGAUGAGUAAAAUGGAUAUGCAAAUUAUAUUAAUAAUAUAUACAGACAAAAAAGAAACACCCCCCCCAAAAGGCAGAUGACCCAAUAGAAAGAUGGGCAAAUGACUUGAAUAGGAACUUCAUAAUAGAGAAAUUUUCAGUGACUCAGCAGCAUAUAUAAAGAUAUUCAGCUUCAUUAGUCAUUACAGAAAUGAAAAUCAAAACCACAGUGAGAUGCUACUCUAUAAUUAACAGAAUGGCUAAAAUGAAAAAAGAUGGAAAACAAAAUGUUGACAAGAGUGUGGAACAACUGGGACUUUCAUAUACUAUAAAUGUGGGUGCAAAUUAGAACUUUGGAAAGUCACUUGGCAAUGCCUCCUAAAGCUAAAUGUACAAUUCCAAUGACUCAGACAUUUCCCUUAGAAAUGCACACAUACAUUCAUAAAACAUGUAGAACAAUGUUCAUACAUUGUUCUGAAUGAACAAUGUUCAUAGAUGUUCAAAAACAUGUAGAACAAUGUUCACGAGCUAUAAUAGCCCAAACAGGGAACAACUAAAUUGCCUGCUAGGUGAAGUAAAUAAAAUCAUGGUCUAUUCAUAUAGCAAUGAGAAUGGACAGACCCCAAUACACAACACCACAGAUGAGUCUCAUGAACACAAGAUAGAGUGAAACAAGACAAAGAGUACAUUCUUCUAAGGUUUAUAUAGAGUUUUUAAAAGCAGACAAAACUAUCCUGUUAAAAAUCAAGUUAAGUGAUUUAUCUUGGGUGGAGUCACAACUGGAUGGGGGUGCUUAAGAAGGGCUCCUUGGGUACUGGCAAUAUUUUGUUUCUUGACUUGGGUGCUAGUCAUGCAGGUAUGUUUGCUUUGUGAAAACUACAUUUAUGAUUGCACACUUUUAUGUAUGUAAAACCUAAAACAUUUACUUGAAACAAAUAAAAAAUUUCAUCUAUU